GCAUAAUUCUUUGAUUUUUCACUUUCUUCUCUUUUUAUUAUUAUUAUUUAAAUAAAAUAAAUAAAAUGCUGACUAGUAUACCGGCUGAAUUACUACUACACAUUAUACAAUUCAUUCCCUCCAUUAAUGAUAAAUGUCAAUUAAUGCAAACAUGUAAAUAUUUAAGGCAAUUCUUGUCUUGUAACCUUGCUUGUUGGAGUAACUUGGAUUUUUCUCUUUAUGACAAGACUUUAAAUAACAACCACCUUUUAACUUUCCUAAAGAAUAUGAAUAUAUCUCUCAUACAGCAUAACACUAAUAUGAACAAUAACAUAGCCAUUACUCGGCUUGAUCUUAGUGGAUGCUGGAAUAUAUCCGAAACUUUACUUGAAGCGUUAUGUAAAUCAUUACCUCAUUUAAAUGAGCUCUGUUUAAACGGAUAUCGUCUGAAUAAUCGAGAUAAUCUUCUUUUUGAUCACUUUUGUCCUCUUGUUGCCUUUGAACAACAUCGUGACCAUAUCUAUCAAGUACGUCCUUCUCAUGAUCUCUCUUCAAUGACCAUGGAUCUCUCUAAAAAUUCAAACUAUCAACUUAAGAUACCCCUUAUUCUACUAGUAAAUAUUAUCAACAACUUAUGUCAUUUAAAGUCAUUAUCAAUUCAAUAUCAAGAUAUCUCUUUAAGUAAUAAUAAACGAUCUCAAUAUGAUCUUGCCUUUUCAGCUCUACGAAAUAUUCAAUAUCUUGAUAUAUCAUCAUGCACCAUAUCACAGCAUGCAUUACAUUCUUUAUUGCAAUCUAUAGGAUCAAAUCUAACAAGUCUAAAGAUGCUAAAUAUCGAUUUAAAUUACAUCAUAUGUCUGACUAUAACUCAACGAUGUAGAUAUCUAAAAUGCCUUCAUGUAUCAUGUAACACUACUUCAAUGAUAAAUGUGAUACGUCAAAUGGUGUCUACGUUAUCUUGCUUGGAAGAUUUCCGUUUAACUCGUAUUCGAACAGGCGAAAUAGAUAGUCUUAUUGAAUUAUUAAAGCCAGGCAUAUUAAAACGACUGGAUCUUUCUCCAAAGAUGAAUAUCUAUCCUCGGCCUUCAUCCACAUUCAAGACAGCAGCAGUAGCAGCAGCAGCAACAGCAACAGCAGCAGCAACAGCAGCAGCAGCAACAACAACAACAACAACAACAACAACAACAACAAAAAUACAUGGACAAUAUGGAUAUGACUUGUCUAAUUUUGCUACAAUAGAACAUGAUCUUUUGUUUUCGGAUAAAUCACUUGGUCAUCUUAUGCACUGUCAACACCUAGUAGAACUAAGACUCUGUUUCCCAAUCAUUUCACCAACUGCACUGCAUUCUCUAUUUAAAUCAAUUCCUCAACUUGAAAUCUUUGAACUACGACAGCAAAAGGGACUGAAAUCAAGAGAAGAUUUUUUGACUGGAUUAAAGCUUUGCAAAAAACUGAAAGAAUUAUAUCUGUUUUCUGUCUUUGUUUCACUAGAGCGAUUACAAGAAUGGAUCUCGGAAGAUUACUCAUUAAAGUCCACCUUAAAGCAUGUCAUCUUGACGGAUACUGGCCCUGCUAUAGAGACUGAUUUAGCAUACUUCUUAUCGAAUAUGACUGUAUUAAAGACAUUGUGUCUUGGUCACUUGGUUCAACCUAUUCAUACUAUGAUAGAAGGCAUAUUUCUACAUAAUAGGAACAUAAACGAUCUACAUAAUGUCAUUCUAUUCAGACAAAACAUAAGAGAUGAAUGGCAUUUACAAUAAAGUUGUUUGUUUGUUUGUUUGUUUUUUAUUAUUUAGUUAUUUAUUAAAAAGAAAUAAAAAAAAAGAAGAAUAUAAAUUCUUCUUUCUAUUUUCUUUUU